GAAUGCCGGGGUAGAGGGGACCGGAAGUUGGUUUUCGCCCCCCGCCCAGGGGCCGGAUAGGGUCUCCGCUGACUCCGUUUGGUUCCGGCUGCUGUCAGAUUUCAUCGUUGGGCCUGAGGGCUUGUUGGCCCUGGGGUGGGCUCGCCCCGGUACCGGCCUCACUCUUGUAGUAGCCUUGGGGAAACGGAGCGAAUUCCUGGUCUCCUAGCAACCAGGGACCGGCUGUGGACUGAAGGAGCUGCGGCGCCACAGUGCAAAUCGCUCAGGCGCUAGCCGGAACCCUUGAGCCCGGCCGAAACGGGAGCCUAAACUCUGCGCUUGGAAGAAUAAGCAGGAAAUGGCGGACGAGGCGUUGUUUUUGCUUCUACAUAACGAGAUGGUUUCUGGAGUGUACAAGUCCGCGGAGCAGGGGGAGGUGGAAAAUGGACGCUGUAUUACUAAGCUGGAAAACAUGGGGUUUCGAGUGGGACAAGGAUUGAUAGAAAGGUUCACAAAAGAUACUGCCAGGUUCAAGGAUGAAUUAGAUAUCAUGAAGUUCAUUUGUAAAGAUUUUUGGACUACAGUUUUCAAGAAACAAAUCGACAAUCUAAGGACAAAUCAUCAGGGCAUCUAUGUACUUCAGGACAACAAAUUUCGUCUGCUUACUCAGAUGUCUGCGGGAAAACAGUAUUUAGAACAUGCAUCUAAGUAUUUGGCAUUUACCUGUGGCUUAAUCAGAGGUGGCUUAUCAAACUUGGGGAUAAAAAGUAUUGUAACGGCUGAAGUGUCUUCAAUGCCUGCCUGUAAAUUUCAGGUGAUGAUACAGAAGCUCUAAAACAUACUGAAAUGCAAGGCAAGGCUUCAACAGUGUAAAGAGAUAAAUUAUUCGUGUAUAAAGUAUUUCAAGUAGUUGGACAUUUGUAUUGAUAUAAGCCAUUUGCUAAUUUAUGUAAUGAAAGAUGCACUCUUAACCAGGAGCAGGAUUGUAUUUUAUUAAUUUAACACAGACCAAGUUAAAGCAGAUAAAGACACACUCUACCAUAACAUAGAUUUUACUAAAACUAUUCAGAAUGAAAACCUGAUUUCAAACAACUAAACCCCAAGAUUUAGAACCCUUAUUUUAAACAUUCAUAUUUGCUCAGACUGGUAUGUAUUUAACCACAGAUAGAAAAGCAAAACUCAGGGUUUGAUAAAUUAGCAUUAAGAAAAGCAUGCAUCAGGGGUGCUUGGUUGGCUCAGUUGGUUAAGUGUCUGACUUUGGCUCAGGUCAUGAUCUCGUGGUUCAUGAGUUUAAGCCCUGCGUUGGGCUCUGUGCUCACAGCUCGGAGCCUGGAGCCUGCUUCAGCU